AUGAAUGGCCCAAUCCACCAGGAGCGGAACGUAAAGGUCAUCUGCGUUGGCGCUGGAGCUAGUGGUCUCCUCUUCGCGUACAAAAUCCAACGGCAUUUUCAGAAUGUGGAUUUGGUCGUCUAUGAGAAGAACGAACAAGUCAGCGGGACAUGGUGGGAGAACAAGUAUCCUGGGUGUAGUUGCGACGUGCCAUCACACAACUACACUUGGUCCUUUGAGCCAAAGCUGGACUGGAGUGCGGUCUAUGCUAGCUCAGCCGAAAUCUACAAGUAUUUCAACGACUUUGCAGCCAAGUAUCACUUGCAUUCAUAUGUAAAGACGAAGCAUCAAGUCACUGGCGCGAUCUGGAAUUCCGAGCAAGCUGGAUGGGACAUCAGCGUGAAAGACCUCGCGACUAACGCGGAAUUCAAUGACUCGUGUGACAUUCUCAUCAACGCUUCUGGCAUCCUCAAUAAUUGGAGAUGGCCAGCGAUACCAGGUCUUUUCGACUUCAAGGGCACAUUGCUGCACACGGCGAACUGGGAUGAGUCCGUCGAUCUCACAGGCAAAAACGUUGGCUUGAUCGGGAAUGGCUCAAGCGGCAUUCAGGUCUUGCCAGCGAUCCAACCUCACGUCAAACACGUCACAACCUUCAUCCGCGAGCCAACUUGGGUAUCACCAGUGCAGGGUUUGGAACAGCACAUUUUUAGUCCUGAAGAGCGCGAGGCGUUCGCCAAAGAACCAGGGAAGCUCACUGAAUACCGCAAGAAUAUCGAGACCGGGCUCAAUGGCCAAUUCGCCCUCUUCCUCAAGAACACCAACGUCAACAACGAAACCCACGACUAUAUGGUCCAGCAAAUGAAGGAAAAACUCGGUGACGAAGACCUCAUCUCCAAACUCAUCCCCGAAUGGAGUGUAGGCUGCAGACGCCUGACUCCAGGAGUCAACUACCUCGAAACCCUCACCAAGCCUAACGUCACAACCGUCUACGGCGAGAUCGAGAAGAUCACUGAACGAGGCUGCGUCUGCGACGACGGCAAAGAAUAUCCAAUCGACAUCCUCAUCUGCGCCACCGGCUUCGACACAACCUUCAAACCGCGCUUUCCAGUCAUAAACGCCGCCGGCCAAAACCUCCAAGAUGUAUGGGCCAAGGAACCAAAAUCCUACCUCGGAAUUGCAGCCCCCGAGUUCCCAAACUAUCUCAUCUUCCUCGGUCCCAACUGUCCCAUCGGAAAUGGUCCCGUAUUGUCGGCCAUCGAAAAGGAGGCAGAUACUGUCUGUAAGCUAAUCGACCACUACCAAACCCAUAACAUAAAAUCAUUCUACCCGAAAGCCGAAGCAGUAGAAGACUUUAUCGCUCACAAGAAUCGUUUCAUGAAAAACACCGUCUGGUCGGACCCUUGUCGUUCAUGGUACAAGAGCGGUGAAAUCGAUGCUCCCAUCACGGCGCUCUGGCCUGGUAGUACCUUGCACUAUAUCGAGGCGUUGAGUGAAGUGAGGUACGAGGACUUCGAAAUCGAAUAUGAGGGCAAUAGGUUCGCGUGGCUGGGCAAUGGGUAUAGUCAGACGGAAUUAGAUGAAACUGCUGAUUGGGCUUAUUACAUCCGAGAGAAAGAUGAUGGAGAGUGGUUGAGUAAGGGCAAGAGGAGAAAGGUUUUGACGAAGAGUGGCACUGUUGACAGGAGUGCAGGUGCGGGUGUCGACUUCUCUGGCAGGAAAGCGGAGAAAUUAUGA